CCCGCCCAAAGAGAAAGACAAUGCCCAGCGCAAAGGCCCUGGAUCUGGCGCGCGACGAGGUUGCCAAGAGGAAGGCGGCACGGGCAGCCGGUCGGGUGGGCUUUGCGGCUCUACAAGGCCAGCAGCACGCCCGAGACCUCGAGGCAGGGGGAGGAGAGGAGCAAGCGGCCGGGGGAGGCGGCGACGAUGUCCAAGUCGUGGCAGCACCAGCAGCAAAGCAGGCUAGGGUUAGGAAGAGCACGAAGUGGCCUCCUACUUACGACUUGGCGCUGGCAAGGGCGGGUGAGUCUUUCUCCGCGCAAGGGUAUGCUCUGUUUUUCUAGAGAGAGGCGUUUGUUGGCUUGGAUGUGUUCCCUCCCCAAACCCCACCCCAAUACGCUCCGAACGCGACACAGCACUGCAGGAACAGCCGGCCACAGCAGUGGUAUACGUACUUGCUGUCUCCGUACUGGUGCGAUUUCCUGUGCUGGAGUUAGUUGUUUCCUUUGCUGGGGUUGAGGGAGGGACCCAUGUGCGCGCGCACACAUGCACGCUGUUUUUGAACUGUAAAAGAGACAGCCACUCCGAACCAGAUUGUUGAUCCUUGGCAACGAGGGUGCAACGAGUGCACAACAUAUACGAAAGAUUCAAUCGAAUAGCAGCGGAGUAGGGUAGGAACACAAAGCUAUAUUCGGUGUUCGUAGGGGAGAUACAAGUCUUGCUUGGCGAAGAAGGUGAGACUUUCUUGCACUGGUUCCGACGUGGAAAAAAUGCACGUCACAUGUGGCAUCAUGUUUAAAAUUUAAAAGCAGCGACGAGUUUUUUGGGCGUACGAAGCCGCUGCAUCUCCCAGUAGAUGCAGUCUACUUGCAAAGAAUGUCACAUGUCGCCUUUAGAUGGAACCAGCAGGACAAAGGUGCGCACAAAAUUGUAAGCGCAAGGUGUACUCGACUAUGUAGUAUUUUUUCGCUACACAACGGCACAUAGCCGGACUA